AUGGCGAUGCUACAAGAUGCCAACGACGAAUUGGCUCAUCUUCAUUCUAUUAUUCCGGCAUGGAUUGUAGAAGAUAAAAAUCCUACUGCCUCUCGAAAGUCAAAAGCGUUAAAGGUGGUUGCAUUGAAAGGGGCUCAGUCCUGGUUAAUCAUGUGCACUUUUAUCAAGCGGUUGCUUGUAAAUUCUGGAGGUUUUGUUGAUUUAAGGACGGCGUGUGGGGUGACUGGUGCUGUUGCUCGUAAGUUUUCGAAUGCAGUUGUCACCAAUUGGGCUAUUGUUCGAGAAAAGGGGCUGCGUUUUUCGAGCAAUGCACGCCACCAUGUAGUGAAUUAA